GAUGGCAUAGGUAGAAUUGUUAAGGUAAAACAGUUUCAGACACCACAAGGAAGAAAAGAGGUUAAAGUCCUAUGACAGGAUGCAAAAUUUCAGCACAUUAGAUUAACAUGUUUUUGUGAUUACUCUCAAUGUUAUUACCUUCUUUUAUGUUUCCUCUUCCUCUUCUAUUUGUGAAGGUGACCUCAAAAAACUGCUUUCUUGGCAUUGUCCAGAGUGGAGUGCAGUCACUGGUCUUAUGGUAAGGUGCUGCAGCUGGUGUUGUGAAUCAGGCCGUCCAUAUUAAAGUACCCGGCUACUUCACAACACCAGGGUUGCACCCAACUACUGGCAACAUCUGGCUUGGAAUAAUAAAUAUUUGUAUCAGCUCAUCUGGAAGCAAGUAAGGAUAUUCAGUUAUCACUCUUCAUUAACUGUAGCACAAGUAAAUUAGUAUGCAUUUUUAAAUACUGCCUUUCAUGCCUCCAACCUCAUUAAAUGUAAUCUUUAGUGAAAGGAGUAACUUGGAAUUAUUAUCAUUAGUUUAAGAAUUCAACUUAGAAAGCAAUGACCUUGACAAUAUCCUGAAAGCUAAAAAUGUUCCUUACACCAAACUGCUCUUGCUAGUUUUUCUUGUUAGGUUAACACUUCUGUAAAAACUUUGGGAACUAAACAGUCAUGUUAAAAAUUCUAAAUAAUUUGUUAAAACAAAAAUAACCAUUGGUGGUUUGUCAUGCAAUCCCAGUGGAGUACAGUGCAGAUUUUAAUUCACAGCAUGAGGAUUGCUGGGGACUUCUGCCUUAAAAAUGUAUUUUAGAGAGGUUUUUAAAGAUUGCGCAAUGUUAGUUCACCCAUUCAUGUUAACUGGGAUCAGAAUAGAGGGUAAUGGGAUGGCUCAGUGCUGUUUUGCUUGGGUCGUGAGCUAAUGGAUUCAGGUUUUACACUUUGAGCACAGAAUCUAAACUGAUAGUCCCAGAACUGAGAGAACUGCACUUCAAAAGUGCUGCCUUGAUUUAUCUGGUCAAUAUCACAUUGCUGUUUAUGGGAGCUUACUGUGGACAAAUUGGCUGCCAUGUUCCUUAAAUUACAACGGUGACUACAUGUCAUAAGAUUUUCUUUUUGUCAAUGCAGUGUUUUGGAAUAUCCUGAGGUUUUGAAAGGAAAAAACUCCUUUCUUUAAUUAAGAGUGAGUUCUGUCCCAGAUGCAAAAGCAAAUAGGAAAAUGCAAGAAAGGAAUUUUAAUGAGAAGGAAUGGAACAGGGAAGCGUGAAUUUAGAAAGUGAACAUUAAGGAUGAACACAUUAGCAUGUAAUAAAUAUUCUCAGAGGAAUAUGUGAGCAAAGACCAACCCAGACCCCUGUGGUUUCAUGUACAGAGAAUACUAAUCUCGGAGACAAUGAUUGCUAAGGAUUAUAUGAAUGUUUUGAUUGACAAAGUGUGAGCAACAUACACAGAUUCACAGGUUACCUCUCAGAAGGAUGCUUGUCAUCUCCAUAUCGGCUUUCUACAAGAUCUACUUAGUGAGUCUCACUCCCUUGCUAUCAAAUUUUUCUCUUCAGAUAAUUCUCUAAUUCCCUUUUGAAAGCAAUGAUCGAAACUGGCUUCAAGGCACUCACACACAGCAAAUUUCCAGAUUUGAAUAAUCCACUAAGUAAAAAAGCUGUUUCUCCUUUUCACAAUCACCUGAAAUUGUGGUAUUUUGGUUCUCAACCUUCCUGUCAAUGGUAAGGUUCUCUUUAUCUACUUUAUGUCAAAUCGUCCUGAUUUACAAAUUUGCAUGAUUUACUUUUAACAGACUUCUGCAAUGGCCUCGCCACUCAGUUCAAGGGCAAUAAAAAUGGAUGUGUUACCAACUAUACCCACAUUCCAUGAAAGAACAAAAUAAUCCCUUCUCCAGGAAGGGCAGCUUCAGCUUCUUCAAUGUAUGCACAUAACUAAAGUUCAGCAUUGCUGGAAAUUUUUUUGAAUCUUAUCUGCAUCUUGACUUCAUUUCUUUCAGGAUGCCCAGAAUUACACACAACACUCCAGUUAAGACAAAAGUGCAUUUCAACUAGUCCAAGCCUUUAAACUUAUAUGAAGGAAAGCCAUAUAUUCAAAGAACAGGAAUACACAUCUACUGGACAGGUGUGAAUAAAGUUGUCAAUAAUGACUGCCUGCAGUUUAGUAUAUGUUAAGCUUACUCUAUACAAUGCACAACCGAAUUGAUAAAUGAUUAUCCAAUAAACCAAACACAUCUUUCAACUCGAAAUUAGUCUCAGGUUUAUCAUGGUCAAUUGCUCCUGUAGAAUAAAAUCGUAUUUGGUGAUUUAUCGCAUGCACAUAAAUCGUCCAUUCUGGGAUAUUUAGUGAACAAAUCUGCAGGACAUUGCUGCUAGCAACGUGGGAAGAAGAAUCUGGUUCUGGAGAAGAGUUUCUUGACUCGAAAUGCUAACUGUUUUCUCUCCACAGAUGCUGCUGGACCUGCUGAGCUCUUCCAGCAAUUUCUGUUUUUGUUUUUGUUUUUUCAAGAUCUCCAGUAUCCAGUUAUUUUAUUUUGUCCAUGAAUCCGGUAGCAGUCUGUUGGUUCCUCAUUGACUCUGCACACUUGCAUGCUACUGCACUACCCAUCCCAUCCUUAUAGUUCCGCUCUAUCCACAAUAUCCAUCGAUAAAUCUCCACAACGCAGACGUAUGACAACACCUUCUCCCGACUACAGCGCACUCAGCCCCACCCACUCACAAUAACGGUCGUUAUGACCCCGCCCACAUAUGACCUCGCCCGUUCCUGCCCCGCCCACUCACGGACUUAAGGCUCCACCCACUCCAGUACCCACACCCCUCACGGUCAUGCACCUAUCAUUGGCUCCUUCCACGCAUGACCGCGACCCCAUCCGGUGCCGCCCUUCUUUGGUCCUGGACCCAGCCCACGGGGCGACGCCCUCUCGCCCCGCCCCUGCACGUGGUGUGUGUUUUCCUCUCAAACACCCCCUCAACCCCAUGGUGGCCAUGCCGAGCGGGGGUCGUUCCCUCUCAGGCCGCCUGAAGGGGAAACGCCGCCCCCGUAUUGGGGUCACGGGUCGGUCUUCCGGCUCCAAAGCUGGAGUUUGUCUCCUGCAACUCCGUUCGUCAACAAUUGAGCAAAGAAUGAAGAUUGUUCUAAAGAAUUCUACUGACAAAAGUCCUUUAGAUGACAGUGAUGUUGUAACAAACCACAGCAUUGGAGAACCUAUUGUGCAUUCUACAAAGUACUUAAACUGUCGAUCCAUUUCACAAGCACCUUUUAAAGGAAGAACUGAGCAAAGCAAAACUGUUUGUGUGCAGCUGUGUGACAACAUGAUGCCAAAAGGACUCAAACAGUCUUCAAUAGUUGACCUUUGCAGUCAGUGUAAUGGCAUGUGCACUAAUUCAGAGAAAGGUCCCAAAUUCAAAAGGUGCCAGGUGAGGAAACAGGAAAAAGAUCACUGCUGUGGAGACUGUAAAGUGACUGAUACGAUAAAAAACACCCGGAGAGGCACUGAGCUCAUUGCAACAAUUGAACCUCUCCAAGUUAGCUUAAACCGAAACGGAUGUAGCAAGAUAAAUCCUUCUGAAGAUUUUUCAAAAUGUGUUGAACAAAAUCGAGACAAAUCAGUGGGUAUGGACUUUAAAACAGGAUGCACGUUGUCCAGGAACAACACAGAAAUACUGCUUGAAACUCGACCAUCAGAACAAUCCACAGUAGUUCACAGAGAUGAACUUAAAGCUUUGAGUAAAUCCCAUUUGGGGGCUAGUACUGGUGAUUUUGAGAAGACUAGAACAUCUAAUGUUACUGAAUCUUGUUCUGAAAUAGGAUUUAAACCAGGGCAUUUAGGAUUAUCCUGGCAUCCCAAUGGUUUGGUUUGGCAAGAUGCAUGUCAAGAUAACACAAUUUGGAGCAAAGUGGGUUCUACAAAUGUAACAGGGGAUGAUUUAGAAGUGGAAAUACCAGAAUUGCGUGAUGUUAAAACCCAAGAACUAAAUGCUGGCUUUGACCCAAUUAGUAUAAUUGUACCAAAUGAGAAGGUACAUCUUUCUGCAAACUGUAAAAGAAAAAUGAGUGAAUGUGUGCAUUCUGAGGUUUCUGUUGCACAGUUUAGCUGUGCAAGAACGACACCCAUCAUUCUGGAUACGUGUGCUCGAGCUAGACCAUUCAAGAGAGCAAAACUAUGCCAAAAAUUUUGGUUUGAUUCAGAAUGGUGUUGCAAACAAGAAAAUGCAGGUGAACUGCAGGGAGGCACCUCUGUACUCAAGUCAAAAUCAGGAACAUUGCCAUGUCAAGUGUCUUUGGAAUCAUUUAGGAAUAUUUUAUGUUUGUUGGAGAAGUUGUCCUUGGAGGCACCUAAAUUAAAGGCAGUUAACAAAGGUAAAUUUAAAAAUAAAUCACUGUUAGAAAAUAAUUGGAGUUGUGUGUCUUUUGCAAGUGACAAGGUAGCAAAAGUACAUCCAUCAGUACACUUUGCAAAGCAUUCUAAUGUUGAAUAUGGUAGACAGUUCAAAGAUGCAUAUUCCUGUAAUAAUUUUAAAUCGUCUCCCUCAAUCAAUGUACUAAAUAACUCCAAAAUGGCAAAUGGUCUUUGUGUUGAAGAAAAAAAAUGUCCAAUCAGGCAAAAUAAACUGAAUUGCACGAGUCCAGCUGCUCAUUGCACUAAAGUACUAUCAGCAAAACCACCCACAUUAUACAUUCCUUUAUGUAGUGACACACGAGGAAAAGUGACUGUAGACUACCAAAGAGUUGAGUGUGUUCAGGAUAAACUUACUCCAAAGAAAGUUUACAUAAAGGAAAUGAACAAUGGACAGUCAACAAUGCUCUCUGUUCAUCAGAAUGAAUCUUUAGAUUUAAGAUGUGACCAAAUAGAUGGGCAGUGCUUUAUUGCACUUAGUGAACAUACUGGAGGUGAGGGGUUUCUUGAUGAUUCCUCUUUAGUUGUUGCAAAGAAAUCAGAUUCUCAUUCAAAGUCAGUGGAACUAUCUGUGUGGCCAGAUGGUAACUGCAACCUUGAAAAACCUUCAAAUUGUCUGUGGCAGAAUGCUGAAAAUACUUCUUUAUUGGAAAACCAGCUCAGGAUUCCAUCUCCAAAGGAACCAUUUAUUGCAGCACAAAUAGUUACAGACAGUGAAGUCAAAGAAAUACUGUAUAGGAGCUCUGAAAACCACUACAGUGCAAAGCGAGUAGCUGAUGUCAUUAGAGCUUAUGAAGAGGAUGUGCUAGUGCUUGAUGUGAUUCAAGAUGACCCAGAGUUAUUUGGUAGUCCCAGUAAUACUGAGGUGGUGCAGAAUGCUGAACCAGUCGUGGCUUUGGGAGAAAUUGCAUAUAAGAAUGUGGAGGUAAACUCUGGAGAUAGUUACCUUGGAACUCAACUGAACAACAAACAGCAGAAAGAGUCAAAUGAAAAGAUUUCCAGCACCUCUCUCCAUGUGUCUGAGGAUGAUUCCUCUGGAAAGCUGCCAGACUCAACUACUCUGCAAAAUGAUGGAUUCAAUACUCAAAGGAAAACAUCUGUGAAUGAAGAGAAUUAUUUUGUUGAGGAUACGACAUUGAUGAAAGAGGGAAAGGUUACUGAUUCUGGAUAUAGUUCAUACCAGGAUGCUUCAAAUACUGGAUUAGUUUCUGCGAUUGAUGAACAACAGGAUGACAGAGGGACUGAAAUAAGUAUCUGCAGCUUUCAACAGCAUUGUUCAGAUAGACAUUUACUGGAAAAUCAGUUUUCUCUGGAACAACCUUGUUCUGAAACUCCAUUCCAUAAAUCAGCAUUGACAAAUGGUUUAAGAUUUCCGCAAGAGCAUUUACAACCACCAACAUCAGCACGUACUCCUCUUCCUGUAUUUCCGAAUAACUCGGAACACCGGACAAGGGCUAGGCCUUGUAAUUAUCCACUGGAGUUGACUGCACUAUCAUCUGGUUACUGCCGAUUUUAUUUCACCACAGUUAAAGGAUGCAGGAAAAAUGGGUGCAGGUUUGGACAUGAAAUUAAGAAAGGAGAUGAAAAAUUCUGUAUGGAGAUUGUUCAGAAGUUUUUGGAUUCUGGUAAAAUGAAUCUCUUGUUGCGUGCAGUGAGAAUAUUUAAAAGUUACUACAGAAGUUUUCCGCCUGGCAUUUACUGUAGUUUCCAACUGAUGAACAGACUACUUUUCACAUUGUUGAAUUUGCGUAUGUUGCAAGAAGUAUUUGAAAUGCUCAAUAUGGCAGUGAUCAUGAAGGUAUUGCCAGAUGGGGACAUUUUACUCAAUGUAUUUGAUCUUGUGGCAUCCACAGACUCGAGGCCCAUGGUCCCCAAUCUUAUAGAGAUAACCUGUAAGCUUGCGGAAGUGGGAUUUAAGUUUAAAUUGGAUCAGUUUAACUACAUGAUGUAUCUGCUGAAUCAGCUACAUGUGCCUCACCAAGAAAUAGAUUUCAUCAUGGCUCUUAAACCAAGAUUACUUUCUGAUCAGACCGAACCAGAAGAGCUGCUUAACUUGAAUUUUGCAGUAGCUCAAAUAGAGCAAUACAAAGAAAAAGGAGAAUGGAGCAAAAUGGGAACUUUCUUUCAGAGCCUAUGUUGGAAUGAUGACAGUAAAAGUGACCUUCACAGAAUUGCCACAUGCAUUGCAAUUACUCUGAUAAAAAAUAAGGAUAAUGGAGCUGCAGUCCCUUUCUGCGAAUUUGCAAAAGCAGUUUGCCAAAAGCCGCACAUGAAUGGUAUGAUCAAGCAAUUGCUCAUCAGGAUUGGAACCUCUGUGAUGGUUGCCUACUAUAAAAGUGAGCAAUGGAGAAAGGCAAGGAAAGUUCUGGACACAUUACAGGAAAUUCCUGUGAAUUUUACGAUAUUGAAGGGUCUCGUUAGUGAGUAUGCUGUAUCAAGAUGCCAGAUCAUUAAUAUUGCUGGAGAUGCCUUUCUCAGAACAGGAUGUGUGAAUAAAGCACUUCGGCUAUUAAGAGAAUCUGGUUGGAUAAUCUCUACUUCAGAUUGGCCCUGUGAUGAUUUGGAUGUUCUCAAUCGACACAACUUUUUGUUUAGCCUUGCUGAUGCAACUCUUCAGAAUAACAUGUAUUGUGAAACACUGGAAAUUUUGCAGAACUUGCCCGGAUUCCAGAAAAUAAAUGGUAUCAUGGAUAUCUCACUGUAUGUCAAUAUUUUCAACAAUCUGCUGCAAGAGUGCAUCCAGAAUAAUUGUCUUGGGGUCUCAACUGACACACUGGAGUUUAUGAGAUCAGCAAAUAUUCCUGUAAACACUUUGGCUGUAAGAAACUUAAUUACAGCUUUAGGAAGAUCUUGUUUGUGGCCAAAAGCAAGAAAACAGUAUAAGAAAGCUUUGUCCAGUGGGUGCUAUCCACCAGUUGAGGAAAACCUGUACCGCAAACUGCUCCCGAUUCCGUGCUUCCUGUCAGAAGUGGAAAUGUUAUUGGCAACUGAAAUGUUCCUUGUUAUGAAUGCUAGCAACAUUCAGAGCCCCAGCGUCUCCAAACAAUCUCUGCAGAUUGUACUGAGAAGGAAUGAAGAUGAGAAGAAUCCGUUGACAAAUGGAGAUUAUGAAGCAGCUGUAGACAGAUUGCUGGUAGCUGCUCGAAUAUCAGAACCAAAGCUUCAGAUAAAGCACACAACAGUCAACAUUGCAAAAGAAGAAGUUUUUAGUUUAGAAUAUUCCUCUGCUCUGAAGUGGCUGGAAUGGAACAUGAAAUGGGCUGGCAAGGUUUGGCUGUUCGACUAAUUAUGACAGAGAUUGCUCCAGCCAGAAUAUUAAAUAUUUGAGUUAUAGGUGUUAAAUUGCCAAUCACUGAACAAUAAAACUAUUUGAUGCUGAAAAUCUAUCUCUUCUGUAAACUAAGGAACUUUUGUACAGUCAAUGAUUUUUGAGAUGGUGAGGUCAGGGGAACACUCUUGACCAGACUUCCUUGAACACACCAGAAACCUCCUUGUAACUUGUAAUAUUACAAUAUAAACUUACUUCCCCUAAUCUGGUUAAAAUCUGGUGGGGCUGGACUUUACAUUAAUCUAUCCUGCUAUAUAUGAGAGGAACAAUAGGCACAAAUCCAACUCUUUUAUUGUGAAAACUGAAUUGGAAGCAAGAAUUUUAACCCACCAAAUCAAUUUUCAUGUGUUUUGAAUAUUUUUUUCUAAAAGGACAUUGAGGUAGUUGAAUGUAUGCAUCUUUGCGUUGCGGUGCAGCUAGCUCUGUUGCAACAUACACUUUUCUCCUCCAACUGCACCGAUCUUGUUGCUCGUGGUGCCCUCAGCACGUUAGGUGCACAAUGUGAUCUCUAUCUGGCCUU